AUGUCUGCUAUCGACCCUCAGUAUCUGCCCUCCGCUCGACUCGAGAAUGCCCUUCGAUACCUCAUAAAGCAACAGCACUCGAAUGAGCCAACUUGUCAAUGCGGAAACCACAGACAUACGGAAUAUAUCUUGGAGUCGGACACCUGGUCACAGCUAGAGGCCUUGCAACGACUGCUAUGUAUACGCCCGGCAACCCCCAAACUGCCACCCGAGAUUUUGGACGACAUCGAAGCAGUCAUUGCAUACCGAAACAGUCAUGCCUUGAUGAAAUCCGCGACUACAAUUACCCCCACUGUGAUACUUCAACAUCAAUCCUUGAAUUCCAGUUCCAUCACGGUCUCAUGCUGGAGAGGCGAUAUCACAGUCCUUACCGAUGUCACAGCAAUUGUCAAUGCAGCCAAUGGCCAAUUACAAGGCUGUUUCCGCCCAGAGCACCGCUGCAUUGACAAUGUUAUCCAUUCAGCUGCGGGGCCCCGCCUUCGCGAUGCCUGCCAUUCUAUCAUUGAAUCUCAGGGACGCAUAGAACCUGUAGGCUCUGCCAAAGUCACCCCAGGAUUCCUCCUUCCUGCUCAAUGGGUUUUGCAUACUGUUGGUCCUCAGCUGCAACCCAGACAGAAGCCUCAACCACAUCAUAAAGCUCAACUAGCAUCUUGCUACAGAUCCUGCCUGGACGCUACCGAAUCACUGCCUCCUCGUGCAGACGGCCGCAAGGUGGUUGCAUUUUGUUGCAUAUCAACGGGUCUAUUCGCAUUCCCUUCCGACCUAGCGGCAGAGAUUGCCGUGGAUACCGUAAUAUCCUGGUACAUGGAGAACACCGAGACGACAAUUACAGAUAUUAUCUUCGAUACAUUUCUUGAAAAGGAUUACUCGAUCUAUGAAGCGAUACUGUCUCGGCCACAAUGUUCCAUCUCCAACAAUUCAAACCUCGUCCGCAAAACCCCGCUACCAUCCCCGUCAGCUCCAUCAUACAACUUAUUUCCCAGUCCCGCUGUGGAACAGGCUCGCACUUGGAUUGAAGAGGCAUCUCACUUGAUUAUCUCAGCUGGUGCAGGUCUCUCCGCCGCCACAGGCUUAGACUACACAUCCACCGAACUCUUCGACAGGAAUUUCUCUGCAUUCAAGUCGAAAGGCCUGCGCAGAUUAUAUGAUGUCUUCGGAUUUGAUGGCUGGGACAGCCCGGCCCAGAAAUGGGGCUACUACAUUCUCCAUUUAAAUAUGGUGCGAUCCUGGCCUGUGUCACCGGCCUACGGCACUCUUCUUGAUCUAGUGAACAAAUUCCCUUCAAACUUCUUUGUUCGGACGACAAAUGCGGAUAAUUUCUUUGAGAAGAAUGGGUUUGACCCGAAUAGAAUAUCGACUCCACAGGGAUCAUACCGCUUUUUACAGUGUUACAACAAAUGUCGAGUCGAUGCGGUAUUUUCAUCGGACACAAUUGUUGACGCUGCAUUGCCGCAUAUUGAUCCCGUCACUGGGUUGUUAAUGGACGAGACUAAAAUACCCCAUUGUCGGUUCUGUGGUGGGGAGUUGACACUUUGUGUUCGUGGUGGGAAUUAUUUCAAUUCCGCGCCUUUUCGGGAGCAAAACAUGAAAUGGGAGCAAUUUUUGAAGAACACGGAAGAAGAUGUAAGCCUAGCAGAUGAUGAGUCGGGUCGAAUUGUUAUACUGGAACUAGGUGUUGGGUUGAAUACGCCUGGUGUGUUGCGAUGGCCAAAUGAGGAAUUAGUGUGUGAGUCAAGAAAUCGGGCAUUCCGAUUGAUCCGUGUUGGAAUGGCCGCUUCUGGCUGUGUUCCUUGGGCGUUGGAGGAUAAGGGCCUGGCUGUUGGGAUCUCAGGGGAAAUUAACACGGCGUUGAAUUUGUUGCUGAAAUGA